UGCGCGUGGAGUAUCCAGACCCAGUGUCACCGCCGUACUUUAUGUGAACGUACUGUGGACGUCUCAGGACUCACGCCGAGAAGAAUAUGAACAAAGUGCACGCGCCAUGCCGUCCCACUGCUGCGCUCACCUUUACCAUCGACAACAUACUUAACUUGAAGUCCAGUUCAAGAAGUAAUGACGGCCUUCCCACUCCGAAAAAUGAAGUGGCCACGCGCACAGACAUUUACCAGAACCAGGAGGACACGGGCCAGCUACCCAGACCUGUUAUCAGCGAGCUAAUCGCAGAUUCAGUCAUCAUUAGUCAAGGAGAGCAAGAAAAGUCCACGGAUAUACGCUUUGAAAGCGGCGACAGCAGCUGCGAGGACAACAGUUCCACAACCACGGACGCGUGCCACGAUAGCAACUCCUCCAAAAAAAGCAAAAUUAUUACAAAAAAGAAGACGCGCACGAUCUUUUCCAAGAGACAGAUUUUUCAGUUGGAGUCUACUUUUGACAUGAAGCGCUACCUGAGCAGCGCGGAGCGCGCGUGCCUCGCCAGCUCCCUCCAGUUGACAGAGACACAGGUCAAAAUCUGGUUUCAGAACCGCAGGAAUAAACUUAAAAGGCAGAUCUCAACAGAGAUGGACGGAACCGUCGGGGACUUUCCUGAGAGCGGGAAGGCGGUGGCUCUGGGGCAACUCCCGGCUCUGUAUAAGGAGAGCAGUCUGCUGGGAAGGUGCUUGCUGCCCAUGCCCCUGCCCGUGAUGUACCCAGGCGGCAGCACGCCUUACCUCUGCUUCUCUGGCGCCUCCAAGUACUUUGGCUUGUACGACGGGGACGUAUGAAGCCCGCACUAGGCAAAGAAAACUGUGAUGCGCUCGGUGCCAGUCAUCAGCAUUUUAAAGCGUGGAGCAGGAGUUAGGCCUGGACUGACGGCACGAAAUAGUUACAUAUCACGUUAAUGUAAGCGGACUCAGAUUUAUUUAUUUUUGAGCCUUAUAGGCCUAUG